AUGAUCAAACGACCGAGAGAUCGGAAAAGCUAUGAAGAAAGGAAGAUUACUUACCUACCGGAGAACUCCGUUGGCUCUUCUACAGCGACGAGUACACAAGAAAUUUGGAAAAACCUUGACGUGAAAUCUAGUUUGAAUGAAGGACAGAUCUUGCUUUGCAGAAAAAAUGGUGUUGAUGAUGAUGUGAUUCAAAUAGAAUGCAAAGACGUUGAUGAAGAUGAGAAAGAUCAAAGAGAAGUCAGGGACUUUUUGGAGUGUUUUGGUGAUGAUUCUUCCGGGAAUUUGAAGAAUGAAAUGAUCAUGGUUAUAGAAUAG